AAAAAGACCAAACCAGCCCGAUGAUGAUGAAUACAUUGGAAAGUUUUUUUGGCCCUGGUGAGGGUGUCAGAUUGAAUGCUCUGUGCGCAUGUGCGAAGGUGUCCAAACUGACAAUGCUGGGGAGAUGAAGAUAGUGUGUAGCUGCUUCUGGGCUCAAGGAGGAGGAGAGGAAUCCACACGCCGACACGAUGAGAUCCAAGGCGAGGGCGAGAAAACUGCCCAAAAGUGACAGCGAGAUUGUAAAUAAUAUGUACGAGACCGACCCCGAUCUCCUUGCUGGAGAAAGCGCAGAGGAGGAAACUGAGGACAGUAUAAUGUCCCCCAUCCCUGUGGGACCUCCGUCACCCUUCCCCACCAGUGAGGACUUCACUCCCAAGGAGGGCUCACCCUAUGAAGCUCCCGUCUACAUUCCUGAUGACAUUCCAAUCCCACCAGAUUUUGAACUCAGAGAAUCUUCGAUCCCAGGGGCAGGGCUAGGGAUUUGGGCCAAAAAGAAGAUUGAAGUUGGGGAAAGAUUUGGACCCUAUAUGGCAGUACAGAGGAGCACAUUAAAGGAAACAAACUUUGGAUGGGAGCAAAUACUGACUGAUCCUGAGGUGACCUCCCAGGAGGGCAAUAUAAAAAAGAUUCCCGAUGCCCUGGGCACCGAGAAGUUCUGCAGUGACGCUGGCCAGGGCGGGGCCGGCAACUGGCUGAAGUUCAUCCGAGCGUGCUGCUCCUGCGACGAGCAGAACCUGGCUGUGUGCCACAUCAACGAGCAGGUCUAUUAUAAAGUUAUUAAAGAGAUUGAGCCGGGAGAAGAGCUCCUGGUGUGUCUGAAGGAAGGAGGUUAUUCCCUCGGGAACAUGGCACCCAGCAUGGAAGAGGAGCCCUCGUUCCGCUGCGAGGACUGCGAUGAGCUGUUCCAGUCCAAGCUGGAGCUGCGGCGCCACAAGAAGUACGGCUGCAGCGCCGUGGGGGCCCUGUACGAGAGCCUCAGCCACGACAUCAAGCAGGAGGGGCUCGGGGAUGGACAGGUCUACGAGUGCAAGGACUGUGAGAGGAUGUUCCCCAACAAAUACAGCCUGGAGCAGCACAUGGUGAUCCACACCGAGGAGAGGGAGUACAAGUGUGACCAGUGUCCCAAGGCUUUCAACUGGAAAUCCAACCUGAUCCGGCACCAAAUGUCUCACGACAGUGGGAAACGGUUUGAAUGUGAAAACUGUGUAAAGGUGUUUACGGACCCCAGCAACCUCCAGCGGCACAUCCGCUCGCAGCACGUGGGGGCACGAGCCCACGCCUGCCCCGACUGUGGCAAGACCUUCGCCACCUCCUCGGGCCUCAAGCAGCACAAGCACAUCCACAGCACUGUCAAACCUUUCAUAUGUGAGGUCUGUCACAAAUCCUACACGCAGUUCUCCAACCUGUGCCGCCACAAGCGGAUGCACGCGGACUGCCGCACGCAGAUCAAGUGCAAGGACUGCGGGCAGAUGUUCAGCACUACCUCCUCCCUCAACAAGCACCGGCGCUUCUGCGAGGGCAAGAACCAUUACAGCCCCGCCGGUAUCUUCGCCCCCGGCCUCCCCCUCACGCCCACCUCCAUGAUGGACAAAUCCAAGCCCUCUCCCAACCUCAACCACGCCAGUCUGGGUUUUAAUGAGUAUUUCCCAUCCCGCCCGCAUCCCGGCGGGCUCCCGUUCUCGCCGGCCCCUCCAGCCUUCCCCGCCCUCACCCCGGGGUUCCCGGGGAUUUUUCCGCCUUCUCUGUACCCCAGGCCCCCUUUGUUACCACCCACACAACUGCUCAAAAGUCCCCUCAACCACACUCCGGACGCGAAGCUCCCCAGCCCCCUGGGGAACCCGGCACUGCCGCUGAUCUCCGCAGUGAGCAACAGCAGCCAGCAGCCUUCAGGAGAGGAGAAAUGCGAAAGCAGCCUGGAAAACUCCUACCUGGAGAAGCUAAAAGCCAGGAACAGUGACAUGUCUGAUGGCAGUGACUUUGAGGAUGUCAAUACAACCACGGGCACGGAUCUGGACACCACGACUGGCACCGGCUCUGACCUGGACAGCGACGCGGAGAGCGACAGGGACAAAACGAAAGACAAGAGCAAACAGAUGGAGACCAAGCCAGAUUUUGUCAGCAGCUCGGUGUCUGCGAGUUCCACCAACACCACGAGCGAGAUCCCUCUCUUCUAUUCUCAGCAUUCCUUCUUUCCUCCCCCCGAGGAGCACCUGCUGCCCACCACGGGGGCAGCCAAUGACUCUAUUAAAGCCAUCGCCUCCAUCGCAGAGAAGUAUUUUGGGCCUGGCUUUAUGGGGAUGCAGGAGAAAAAGAUGGGUUCGCUCCCGUACCAUUCCAUGUUCCCUUUCCAGUUCCUCCCCAAUUUCCCCCACUCCCUCUACCCUUUCACGGAGCGGACCCUCAAUCACAACUUGCUGGUCAAGGCAGAACCAAAGUCACCCAGGGACCUCCACAAAGUCGGCAGCACCAGCUCGGAGUCCCCCUUCGAUCUCACCACGAAGCCAAAAGAGAUUAAGCCAAUCCUGCCGCCCCCCAAGGUGCUCCCAGCCCCGUCCUCAGGGGAGGAGCAGCCACUGGAUCUGAGCAUCGGCAACCGCAUCCGAGCCAGCCAGAACGGAGGGAGAGAGCCACGGAAAAACCACAUUUAUGGGGAGAGGAAGCUGAUGGCAAGUGAGGUCUUACCUAAGAUUUCCCAGUCCCAGCUGCCUCAGCAGCCUUCCCUGCACUACGCUAAGCCAUCACCCUUUUUCAUGGACCCCAUCUACAGCAGGGUGGAGAAGCGGAAGGUGACAGACCCCGUGGGUGCCCUCAAGGAGAAGUACCUGCGACCCUCCCCGCUGCUCUUUCACCCCCAGAUGUCGGCCAUCGAGACGAUGACGGAGAAACUGGAGAGCUUUGCAGCCCUGAAGGCCGACUCUGGCUCGUCCCUGCAGCCCCUUCCCCACCACCCCUUCAACUUCCGAUCGCCGCCGCCCACGCUCUCCGACCCCAUCCUGCGCAAGGGCAAGGAGCGCUACACCUGCAGGUACUGUGGCAAGAUCUUCCCACGCUCGGCCAACCUGACGAGGCAUCUGCGGACACACACUGGGGAGCAGCCUUACAGGUGUAAAUACUGUGACAGGUCAUUCAGCAUUUCCUCCAACCUGCAGCGGCACGUGCGGAACAUCCACAACAAGGAGAAGCCAUUCAAGUGCCACCUGUGCAACAGGUGCUUCGGGCAGCAGACCAACCUCGACAGGCACCUGAAGAAGCACGAGCACGAGAACGUUCCAGUGAGCCAGCACUCCGGAGUCAUCACCAACCACCUCGGGACCAGCGCCUCCUCCCCCAACUCGGAAUCAGACAACCAUGCACUUUUAGAUGAAAAAGAGGAUUCCUACUUCUCAGAAAUCAGAAAUUUUAUUGCAAAUAGCGAGAUGAACCAAGCGUCGGCUUUAGCAGAUAAAAGGCCAGAAAUCCAGGAUAUUGAUGGCAAUUCCCAGUGCCACGGAUUGGCAAACGAGAAGGCAGAAGAUGUGGACGAUGAGGACGAAGAACUGGAAGAGGAAGACGACGACAGCCUGACUGGGAAGUCCCAGGACGAGCCGGCGUCGCCCACGGCGGAGCCGCGGGGAGCGUUCGAGGAUGAGGAGGAUGAGGAGCCCACGUCUCUGACCAUGAGCUUUGACCACACCCGAAGGUGUGUUGAGGAGGACGAAGCCGGCCUGUUAGAUUUGGAGCAGAUGCCGAAUUUUGGGAAGGGGCUGGAUCUCCGCAAAGCGGCCGAGGAAGCAUUUGAAGUUAAAGAUGUGUUUAAUUCCACCUUAGACUCUGAGGCAAUAAAACAGACUCUGUACAGGCAGGCUAAAAACCAGGCUUAUGCAAUGAUGCUGUCCCUGUCUGAGAACGCUCCCCUCCACACGUCCUCCCAGAGCUCUCUGGGGGCUUGGCUGGACAUGGCAGGAGCAGCUUCAGAGUCGGGGACCUUUAACCCCAUCAACCACCUCUGAGAGGUCCACAAGGCACUGGCCGGAGCCCAGGCGAGGUGCUGGUGGUGCUGCAGCCAUCCCAGCAACAUCCCAGCCAGCAGGAGAUGGAUGAGAGGGCCUCAGGGAGUCGUCUGGACUUUGGGCUGAGAAGGAAACCUGUCGCAUCCGACCUACACGUCCUGCAUUUUUAUCUCUCCAGAGUUUUCCUUUCUAAUUUAUCAGAAUGAACCUCUCCCAAACUGGAUAACCCUGAAGCAGCCCCAGGAUUUCACAGCCUGUAGGAAUAGCAUGAGCAAGACACGAAUUGCAACAGUGCAAUCAAAGAUUGGCCCCUCCAACCUUCCAAGGCAGUGUCACUGAGCCAGCACAGCCUGAGCAGGAGCGACAGCUCAGAGCCACAGCAGCAUUUCCUUCCCAUCCAUCUGAGUGGAGAAGCACCAGGGGAGCACAGCCAGGUGUGACCUGUCCCUGGUACAAUUCUGACACAGCCACUGGAGUCAUGCCAGGGAAAGACAAAUCCAACCCAUUUAACUGAUCCCCCCGAAGAAUUCAGAAUUCUGCUCUCCCACAGAAACACCAUCCUGUCCUUUGUUCCCAGCAAAACACUGGCACAGUACAAAGCUCCUCCAAGGUGAGGCCUGCAGUCAUCAUGAGCCACGUGCAGCUCCCAGCUGAGACCUCUCCAGCCUGGAGCAGGCUGAGGCUGGGUGACAGAUGUGUCACCUGGACACAGAUGGUCAGCUGUGCCCUGGGCGAGGCUGGGAGAGCUCCUGUCCCUCCUGGUACCUGUGAGCCCAGCAUGGGACAGAGCCAGGCUGGUGGAGCUCCUGGAAAUGCUUGGGUUUCCCCAGGCAGAGAGGUCAUGGGGUAAAGCCUUGCCUGGUUGUGCAUAAGGAAAUGUGUGCUGGGCAAGUGUCACCUCACCAGGGAGCUCAGACACAUCUGCUCCUGUGUCACCUCUCUGUGUGUCACCUCCAGGGUUUCAGGGCGACGUCACCCCCUGCUGAUGGUAUCUGUGCACACAUCUCUGAUUCACACCGUUGUUUUGGCCUGGUUUUCCCUCUUCAACACCUGCUGCUGCUUAGCCUGUAAUUUAAGUAGAAAUAUGAACAUUUCCAUGCUCCAGCAGCCUGAGGGAUGCAGAGCACAGAGAUAAGAAUCCAGUUGUCUCUCUGACUAUAAAAUUUCUCACAGACAUUUCCAAUUUCUCACAGUGGUUUCCAAUCACUUCAAAACCUCAUCCUCUCUGCUGAUAUACAGCAGCCUCCACAAAUCCUGCUUUGUGCUGUGCAAUUCCCAUCUGCUGUUGGAGCAGGGAACUUGGAGAUGACAUUCCUUUAUGGAAUGGUUGGGAAAGCCAUGGAAAAGGGCAGAUGGAGGGUUCUAAGCCAGUCCAGUGUGGGAAGCCUCAUUCCAGCAGGCCAAAACAAUGGAACCAGCUCCCUGAGCAAAGCAGAGUCAGAGCUGGGUGUGACACCUUUGCAAUUCAGCUUUGUACCCAAGAGCACAUGUGAGGCUGAAUUUGGGGAGUCCCCACAGGAAAGCAUCCAGGGGUAUAGAUGGAACAAGAGGUAAAUUAGCAGCAUCAGAGUGUUUCCCCAUAAAAUUUACCCUCCCCUUUUUGGUUUUCCACAACAUCCUGUGAAAGUGCCCAAGGCUCUGAGAGCACCAGGUGGUGUGACUGAGCUGCUUCAUGUAUUUGCACAAAGCUCCUGGGCAGGUAGAGCCCGAGAGCCGACCCUGCCGGAGGAGAGGGACAGUCCUGUCCCCUCCUGUCCCAUCCCAUCCCACCCCAUCCCAUCCCAUCCCAUCCCAUCCCAUCCCAUCCCAUCCCAUCCCAUCCCAUCCCAUCCCAUCCCAUCCCAUCCCAUCCCAUCCCAUCCCCACUCCAGAGGCUGCAGCACAGCCCUGCCCAAGGUGCUUGGCCUUUAAAUUAUUCCCACAGGGGCCAAUUGAAAAUAAUAAAAGAAUUGUUUCUUUUCCUGAUGGAAUUUAUUUUAAUCUGUAUAUAACUUGUAAUUUUGGGCUAAUUCCUCUCUUAUUUUAUUUCUUCCUUAACAGUAUUUUUUUUGCAUUAGAUAUCAUUGUGAAGAAAUCAUGUUAAUAUAAUAUGUAGUGAAGGACCAAAAUCGUGUUGUUGGGGUUGGAUGUUGGAUAAGCAGGGAGCAGGAAGAUUCAGUCCAUGUGCCAAAUGAGCCCAGUCAGUGCUGCCAGUGGUGCUGCUGAUUCUCCAAACAAUCAUCCCUGGGCUCCCCUUUGCCUUGAAGCUCCUGGGGCCUUGGAGGAAGGUUCCAGUGACUGGAGCAGCACAGGAGGAGGAGGAGGCCAGUGGAGAUGCUCUGCCUCGAUGGCCCUGCUCCAGGAGAACAUGGGAAUGGCCUUAAACACAGGGACAGAUCCAUCCUGUCCCAUUGCAGCUGCAGCUCUGUGACUCCUGGCAGCUGCUCGGAGCAAACCAUGUGUCUGAGCAUCUCUCUGGCAGGGCUGUGGCCAUGCUGGAACAGGAUCUGUGGGCAGCAGUGAGCAUUUGUGUGCUCUGACCAUGGUUUGUUCACCCUUGGAGAAACCUCAGGGCAGGUCAGCAUUGCACUCCACAGCAGGGGGAGGUGACAGAGCAGCCAAGGGAGUGGCAGUGAGCUGGACACCAAAAUGUGGGCCAACACUGAGCAAUACUAAGCAAUGCAAGUGUUAUUGUGGGGACUUAUUUGGGGUAUUUAAGGUCUCCCCUUCACUCUCUCAGCCCUGCUGCCAGUUGUGUCAUUUCUCCAGGAGCAGCUGGCCAGCUCCUUGCUCCAGCUGAGCUGCCACUGUCACUGUCCCACUCCCCAGGCUCAUCCUGGCUGUCCAUGGAUCUCCUGAGGGCCCCUGGCCAAGGACAGGGAGGUAUUAUCCAGUCAGGGAUUGAGGACAUUAAAAAUAUAGGGUUUAAAAUCAUGAAAUGAUUUUUUUUCUUUCCUAAUUCAGUUUUCUCCCCAUUUCCUCUAGCUUGUGUUGUAUAUCUCCCAACUCCUCUAAUUUAGCACUGAUUGCAAGUUUCAAUUUUUCCCAUUAAGAUAAAGAAACAGGAAGCCUCACUGAACCUCUGUUAAUCUCUACCUUUCAUUGGAUUGCACUUGGAAUGUGCUGCAGCUCACAGCAGGUGUGGAGGGUCUGUUUUGCUGCUUUAGCAAAGAAUCUUGUCUUUUAAGGCUGCUUCCCAAGAGGAUUGUGUCCAGGACAUUCUGCUGUCAGAGCACUGCUGGCUGCCCAGUGCUGGGGCAGCUCUGGGAGCUUUGGUGAGACGUGGAGCUGUGGUGUCCAACCCCAUGGACACGCUGGGAUCCAGGGCAGGUGAGGGUGGCAGGGAUGAGAGGUGGCUGCAGUGUGUCUGGUACCAGGGUGGUUUACACCCAGAGCUUUGUGUAGGAUCUAUUUAUUUAAAGUAUUUUCACAGCUACAACAGCACAGAGGAGAGGAGAAGCCCUGGGGAUUUUUGGAGUGGUCAGGUGGGGCUGGGAGUGUGCAGGGCUGAAGCUUUGGUUCUCUGUGAAGAGCCCUUGCUUUGGCCAGAGCUGGACCUUGCUGAGCUGGCCAGGGAGGAGGACGUGGGCCUCAUGUCUGUGCAUUCCCUGCCUCCCAGCACUCAGAGCUGGUGGCUGGUCCUGCUGUGAUCACUGUGGCUGGCACAGACAGCUGGGAGCUCUCCAGUGGGAUGAGGUUCUCCCGUGGGAUGUGCUGAGGUGCAGGAUGUGCUGAGGCACCCAGCUCUCCUGCUGGGCUGCUGGAGAUGUGCCCUUAGCUGCUCAGGCUGCUCUGGAAGGGCAGGUGCCUUGCCAAGGAGUGCCAGGCCCUGCCUCGCCGGGUGCCACGGGGACAUCGAUGCACAGGAGCCCAAACCCCAACGGGGCUGAACAAAUAACCAACCCCAGCUGUGUGAGCUCAGCUGAUUGUGGGGCAAACACCCUGCUGGGGCCCUGAGCUUUGCCCUGUCCCCAGCCAGCACUUAGACACUCAGUGGCUGCUCUCGGGAGCCUUUGGAAAGCACUUGCACAACGAGGUGAACGCGCUUGACUCAUCAAAGCACUGGAUCGUGAGCCCCCCGUGCCCCAUCAGCCCAUCUGCUGACCCCCACUCGGAUUUCCUGUACUCUGUGUGUGUGUGUGUGUGGCAGGGGCAGUGCUGGGGACCCUGCCCUGUCCCCAAGGGCUGCAGUGGCAUCGCUCGGGUCAGUGCUGGCAUCACAAGGGCAAAACCCUCUGCUCCUCGCCCGUGGUCAGUAGUGUUCUCACAAAGCCAUGAAACUUCUCCGUAGUGUUGAGUGAAACUGUGACUAAAAAAAAAAAAAAAGUUCUUGAAUGAUUCCGAGGUUCUUUUUUUUUUUCCUCUUUCUUCUGUCGUUAAUUCUUAUUACCACUUUGGAAGAAGAAAUUUAAAAAAAAAAAAAAAAUUAAAAAAAAAUUAAAAAAAAAAAAAAAAGAAUGAAAAAGAAAAAAAGGCAGCUUUGAUUUUCCAAAUGUGCAAUUCACAUGUGAACAAAGUAAUUCUGAAAGUAAUUCUCAGUGUAUUUUACAUUCUCGUUGCUCUCUUCAAAGCAAGAGAUGUUUUGCCCUGAUGUCAUUUCCAGCCUGCAGAAGAUGUAAUUUAAAACAUAUAUAUAUUGUGCUUGCAAGAAUCAUAAAUCUGUGCAUCCUAUGUCAUUCCUUUUCCCAUUGUUACAAUACAGAUAUGAUUUAGGUUGGAUUUUUUUUCCUUUAGACCUGUAUAGUGUUUUUUUUAAAAUCAAUUGUAAAUGUCUGGUUUUCAUAUAAUGUUUAAAAAACAUUGAGAAAGAGGAUGGUGCUUGUUCCAUAUCAUUCUUGAUUGUAUAUUGCUUCUGUUAUGUUUAUAAGUAAACUGUGCAUGACUUGUGUUUAGCAGUCAUUAUUGUGUCCGUUUGUGAAAUUUUUAUUAAAAAGAAAAAAAUUCCGUAGAUGCACUUAUUGUAUAUGUGAUUAGAUUUUGCGUCCGAGGCUCGAAGCCUUGAACUGCCAAGGAAGAAAGAAAAAGUGUUGGCAGUUAUUAAUUAAUAUGGAAUCGCUUUGUUGGGAGCAUAAUGAAAUAAAAGAUAUGAAGUGUAGAAAAGAAUUAAAAAAAAAAAAAGGCAAUUUUACAAAUUUCAUUUUGAUGCUUGUGAUAAAAGACAAAUGUACUUGUGUAGAGAAAUUCCUUUAAAAUAAUGAAUAGAAAAAGCUGAUUUUGAGGUUAAUGCUGUAGAAUAGGAAUGUAUACCAAAUGUAAUCUUUCCAAUGCUACAAUGAAUUUAUACAUGAGAUUGAUAUGCAAUAAACCUGUGUGCUUUUAUAA